AUGGCUGAACCGCCUCCUGAACAGCCAAGCACAACUGAUUCUAUAGAUGCUCGUAUCUUUGGAGCUGAUGGAGGACUUCGACCAGACCACCCGCUUCUGCGCCGGGCGCAGGAAGGGCUGAAAGCACAGUUCGAAGCAAACCGCACGCGACUGCAGGAGGACCUUCGGGAGAAAGCCAAUGCUUUGAAGCAAGCCAAGUCAAAGCGAGAGGCUUUGGGCGUUGAGCUGUAUGGAUUUCAACAGAACCUCGCCAAGCUGCAGCUUGCCCUUGAGCAGACCCACCAGAAUUACCAGGUCAUCAACCGGGAACGUCAGCAAUGUGAGGAGCAGCUGCAGCAGCUCCGACAGCAGCUCGUCGUGGAAGAGGGCGACACCAAGGGGGAGCGUACACGGAUUGAGAAAUUCCAGCUGGAGCUGGACCGAUUGGGUGCGACUCUGAAGCAGGUGGAGGAGUACAACGAGGCCAUGAAGGGCGAGAUUGCGGUGACACGGCGGGCGGCCUACGCAGCGGAAGAGGCGGUUCAGAAGAUGGAAAAGGCAAAAAUGGAUCAAGACUUCAGGAUUGACACGCUGCAGGAGAACCUCAAAAGCGCACAGCAGCAGCUGUCGCUGGUUUCCGCGCAGCUAGAAGCGCAGAAACGCGAGACGCGCGCUGCACUGGAGACUCUCGCAGAGGCCGAGGGAUUGCUGGCUGAGCUGCACGCGUGCCUGAGCUGCGAGCGUCCCCCACGAUCCGUCAUGACGCUCCUCUUGCCGCUGGCGUAUCACGUGCUGUUGGUGUCGGAACUCUGCUUGCAGGCCGAGAUGGAGAACGUCCACUUUGAGAAGAAGCAGUUGGUGGCGCAGUGGAAGAGCAGCCUGCUUGCUAUACAGAAGCGUGACGAGGCUCUGUCGGCCAUUCAGGACGGCAUGCGGGAGCAGCAGCAGCAGGAGCUGUCCCUGGCGCUCGAGAUUGAUGGCUACAAGAAGGACGUGAUCAAGGAGCAGCUCAAGCACGAGGCGCUUACGGCGGUGGUCCGGAAGGUGGAGGGUGACUCGGUGUUUGUGCAGAAGCAGAUUGAGGCGGCCCAGGAACGGCAGGCUCGCCUCCAAGAGAUCAUGUCUAAGCUGGCCAAAUCGUUGGAGCACACCGAGGCGGAGGUGGCACGGGUGAAUGCGGAGAAGAAGGCGCUGCAGGCUGGGGAGAGCCGGAACAUCGAGGAGGAGAUGCUCAGUGCCCUGUCCGACCAGACGACGGCUGAGAAGGCCACGUCCAAGACCGCCUCAGACACCAGCGAGCUGCGACGCAAAAUCCGGGCCGAGGAGCUGGCGGUGGUGGAGACGGAAAAUGAGCUAGCAAAGCUGCAGGUCGACAUUUUGAACACGGAGGCGCAUAACACCCGGCUGGCGGAGACGCUCGGUUUGCUGGACGAGGAGCUUCGGGACAAGGGUCGUACAAUUGAAAAGUACGAGCUGGAGAUCAAGCGCCGCAAUGACGAGAUCGAGAAGAAGACGCGCGAGAUCGACAUCCUCAACCGCAGGUACGAGCGCAUCCUUGACGCUCGUGGUACGGGUGAGGAGACGGGCCCCCUGGAGGCGACCAUCAAGAACCUGCAGCGGGAGAUUGACACCAAGGGCCAGGAGAGCAAGGAGCUGCAGAGGAGGUGGAUCAACUACCAACAGGAGCUGGUGGGUCUUCAGAACGAUAACGGCGGCCUCACGGAGACGCUGGCGAGGCUGCGGGCCGAACACACGGUGCUGUUCCAGAAGAAGAGGCGCCUGGAGCAGCAGCUGGAGGGUCAGGAAAAGGCCAUCAAAGGGCUCAACUCGGGUAUGGCCCGGCUGCAUGUGGACCUGCAGCGAGUCAACGGACUCAUAGCCACCAACUCAGCAGCCCGGGCUGCCCUGGCGGAGGAUAACUUCAACCUGGAGGGGCGCAUCAUGAACGACUUGCGGGUGAUGGAGGAGGAGGCUGCAAGGAUCAACAGCCAGAUCGAGGAGGGUCGUCAGACAAAGCGCGACACGCUGGCUGAGAUUGUUGAGGCUGAGCGGCAGAUUAUGCUGUGGGAGCGCAAGAUCCAGCUGGAGAAGGAGAUGGCGGAGGUGAUGGACCCCAGCAUUGGCCAGGAUGUGGUGGGGGAGAUGAAGAAGGAGAUCCACCGGAUGCAGCUGCGGCUGAGCGAGCUGAUGCGACUGCAGGAGAAGCUGGUAUCCGACAUGGAGAAGGCGCUGCUCAAGCGCGAGAUCAUCACCGUCAAGGGCCGGGCAACAGUGGCUAAGGCCAAGGCCACCGCACCCCCCUCCUCCUCCGCCACCUCCUCCCGCAGCUCGCCAGCCGCCUCGUCCGUGUCGCCCCUGACGAGGAACCAACUGGACAAGGCAACUUCCGACCUGGCGAGGUCCAUCAAGGACACGGAGCGUGAGAUCGUGGCCACAGAGCAGCGAGUGUCGGCCCUGGAGCAGCAGCGCCAGUCGGUUUCAGAGGCGGAGAAGCUGGGUCGGGUGGUGGCCCUGCUGGAGGGCCUCAAGUCCAGUGUCCCGCACCUGUCAGGGGAGCUGGACAAGGUGCUGUGCCAUGUGGCGGACGUGCGAGCAUGA